AUGGUGAAGAUUGCGAUUGGAAGUUUGGGUGAUUCCUUCAGCGUCGCAUCUCUAAAGUCUUAUUUGUCUGAAUUCAUCGCAACUCUUCUCUUUGUGUUUGCUGGCGUUGGCUCUGCUAUUGCUUUUGGCAAGCUAACAUCCGGUGGAGCCUUGGAUCCGGCUGGUCUUGUCGCUGUGGCGAUAGCUCACGCCUUUGCCCUUUUCGUCGGGGUUUCCAUAGCCGCCAACAUCUCCGGCGGACACCUUAACCCCGCCGUGACUCUCGGCCUCGCCGUCGGCGGAAACAUCACGAUUAUCACCGGUUUCUUCUACUGGAUUGCUCAGUGCCUUGGCUCCAUCGUCGCUUGCCUCCUCCUCGUCUUCGUUACCAAUGGCGAGAGCGUACCGACUCAUGGAGUAGCGGCCGGUGUAGGAGCUGUAGAAGGAGUAGUGAUGGAGAUUGUUGUGACCUUUGCUCUAGUGUACACAGUCUACGCCACAGCGGCUGAUCCCAAGAAAGGAUCGCUUGGAACCAUCGCUCCGAUCGCUAUCGGCUUCAUCGUUGGUGCCAACAUCCUCGCGGCCGGUCCAUUCAGCGGAGGCUCCAUGAACCCGGCCAGGUCAUUCGGACCAGCUGUGGUCAGCGGUGAUUUCUCUCAGAUAUGGAUCUACUGGGUGGGUCCACUCGUCGGUGGUGCACUCGCUGGAGUCAUCUACGGUGACGUCUUCAUCGGAUCUUACACUCCGGCUCCCACCACAGAUAGCUACCCUUGA